AUGUUGUCACCGCUGCUCCCCGUCCUCCCCCGGCUCCUCCGCGGCUGUGCAUCCGUCAGCAGAGUCCCUGUGUGCGGCCUCAGCUCCGGACGUCUCCCCGGGGUCCAGCGGCUGCUCCUGCCCGCAGUGUCGAGGUCACUCUGCGGCAGAGAGAGCUGGAGUUGCCGUGUGCGUGGAUUCUGUCCUCCGUCUCGUGGGGUGUCCUCGGGGGGGUCCUCGGGGGGGCAGUCUCCAGAGGGCCAGCUCAUCUACACAGGCAGCCUGGCAACCGCUGUUCGAGGUGUGAAGGCCUUCUCCUACAGCACCAGUGGAGCUGCCCUGCUGCUCAUGCCUCAGGUCCUGCUGACCACGGGCCUGGAGGCUCACAGCUGGGUCUUCCAGGUCUUCUUCUGCUCCGUCAUCGGCGCCUUCACUCUGGUCACGCCCGUCCUGCUGCACUUGCUGACCCGAGGGUACGUGGUGCGGCUGUAUCACGAGGCGGAGGGCGACACUUACACGGCGGUCACCUACAGCGUCCUGCUCCAGGAGAAGAGGACGGUGUUCGGGCAGCAGGAGGUGCAGAUCCCCGCGGUCUCCAGGAUGUUCACCAGCUUCUAUGCAGGCCGCAUGGGGCUCCUGGUGAACCCCGAGCUCUUCAGACUCCCUCAGGACUACAACCACCUCAUGGGCUACGACAAACCCUUCAACUUCAGCCCGGAUCAGCUGGACUGA